AAUCGAACCCACCAUUUUGGCGACCUCGUCAUCCACAACCUACUUUCGAACGCUUUCCUGGCUCUCAGUCGGCUCUGAUCUAUCUAAAAAGCAUACCAUCGUGUAGCGAAGACUCGAAAGUACAAGAUGGACGUCAUUCGGGACCACAAAAAGGUUGGUACAAGAACUCAGAGCCUUCCCCUCCUCCUCCUCAGACUCACAUUCCUGAGAUUGUGAACCGAGUUAUCCUAAGAGAGUAGCUUUCGGAGUGUAGCGCAUAGGCCACUACACCAUUACUCGCGGAUUGUUCGUAAACCAAAACUUGAUGAUAAGUAUGCCGAUUCAACUCAUGCCACUCACCAACCCGUCGUACUUCGUCGACAUUUACACAAUCAGCAAUCGACAUCGUUGCACAAUAGCACAAAGAUAGACCCGCAAUCUAUCUAUCUCGAGGUCCGGACUGCUCAUCGCUCAAUCUCGCUCUUGCCCACAUUAACAUCGUCAUAAUCAUGUUCACCGGAUCCCCUUUCAGCAACAACCGUAGACCGACGCUCAACGACCCUCGCCAACCCCCUUACAACGCAGCUACGACCCACCCUGCCUCGAUCCGACCGCCUUCCUCUUUCUCAUUACCACCGUCUGGCCAGAGCCGGGUACACGUUACCCUCGCCGGUCAAGGGUGCGACAAAGAACGAGCUUGGAUUGAUCAGUGGCAGACGAUGAAGGAGCAUUGGCACCCCGCUGCGCUCGCACCGGGCAAGUCGGCUGGAGGGAGCAGCGAUUGGGGCGGAACAGACGAGGUCGAAGCUAUGAACGAGGUGGACAAGGCGGGAGAAGGGUGGACAAAGACGGUCUGCCAAUGUGCGGGAACGACCAGUCUUCAGGGUCAGACUCCUCUGCCGAACGAAGUCGAAGGCGGGAGGACAUCGAACGAACGCUCAAGCCGUCUAGCUCGGCGGGACCGACACCAAACUCAAUCUGUUCAGGCUUGUCGCCAGAUGUCGCCUUCUUUCCCAGCGUAUUCUACAAGUUGCCUCACCUCGACCCCAACCCUCAGAAACAACAACGAUCGACCCGCCGAAUCUGAUGCUAUGGCGAUUCAGCUAUACGAAGGGCCGAUCGGAGGGACAUAUGGUGGAGCGAUACCGACAUGUCUCUCGACGAUGUCUUACAUACAACAGCGGAAGGCUUCCAAUCCACCCCUCCCCCCUCUUCUACUUGUGAACCACCCGCUCAGGCUUGGAGAUAAACAACCCGGAUUUCACCUUCGCACCCCUGGGCAAAGGUUUCCUCCCUCGAGCCUUCUCCUUCCGCCUAAACCCCUCCUCGAUCGCCCUCUCGUCGAUCUCGUGGAACGGUCGAUCAACGGUAACAUGCUCAAGUCUGGCAAGUCGAGCGUUUGUACGCACUGGAGUACGACGGCUGUGCCCGACUACCAUCGUCCGGACCCGCGUUUCGAUCCGGAUGACUUCCUUUGUUCAUCUCUUUCUCGACGAUCGUGCAAGGCGAAGCGACGUAGCCUGACUCGCAUGAGUUGUCGGCUAUCCCUGCCUCUCCUUCAAUCUGCCAACCCACAAGUGAACGACCGGAAUCAUGACUCGCUCGGGUUUCCCAUCAUUAUUAUGUUCGAGAUAGCGCAUCUGCUUUAUGUGGGGGGGGGGCAUCCCCAUUAUGUUGGGUCGGUUUAUGUUGAGGAAACACCUGCACCCCCACCCGCGCCACCCGCACCCCUUGGCUCGCUUCUCCCCCAGUUUGGUGCUCUUGGCUCAGAAGAUGUCAAGCCCGUCAUGACCGAUGCCGCCGCUGCCUCUGCAAUCAUUGUUCCGAUCAGUGACAGCAGCAGCAACAACAAGAACAACAACGCCGCCAUCGGACCCCCUGUUGCGAUUCGGUACGUCACGCUUAACAUCCAUCUUGGCGAUCAACUUUCUCACACGUCAUGCUGA